AAAAAAAACUUUCGAAAAUUCAACGAGAAGCGGGCAUGUGCGAAGAUUUGAAUAUCCACAGCAGAGGAUUGAAUCAAAUCAUAUGGUUUCGGCCGCGUAGGUUCAAAUCCUGCACACGUCGCUUCAAUACUUUAUUUUUUUGUUUAUAAUUUUUUACCUCUUUUUAUUUGUUCGAGAUAAAGGUAUCCGCUAGAGAAAGCAACUCUUCUUUGUUUUUUUUGCCCUACUAUUGUAUAUACUUGGACAUAUUAGGAAAGCGCGGCUCAAUUACCAUACCAGGACUGAGGCUGUGUUCACCGGGCUGUGCAUGAAAAAUGUAUAACUCUCCAGCAUCGCCAUGAAUACGCUUGCUUAAGUCGCCAUAUCUCCCCAAACCCAACUCCUCCUCACCACUCCCUCCCAAACACAACAAGCCAUGGCCUCCCUCCCCGCCGCCAUCGGCCUAACUCUCUUCACCCUCCUCCGCCUCUCCCCCCUCCCCCUCGCCCUCUCCACCCUUCCCUCCCUCUACACCUUUUUCUCCGCCCCCUCCACCCCCUCCAUCCUAAGCACUCCCACUUACUUCCUCGGUGUCUCCUGCCUUGUUAUAGGUACUUCUAGUGAUUUGAUCACGCUCAUCGCUCUUCUGAGGAGGAAACCGAAUUUUGAUAUUUUGCUCAACCUUUCGCCCCUCGUUCUGUUCAGCGCAUCUCGUGUUCUCUUUUCUUACACACCCGCGGCGCUGGAGGGACAACCACCCCCCCAGGCCCCCCGCGGCUGUAUCAUCUUACUCAACGUCAUCGUGUAA